CGGCUCACCGCCCAGGCGGCUUGGCAUUACUGGACCUCCAUUGACUGCGUCAACACCCUGUCGCCUAUCCACCAGAGUGAAGCUUCACUUUCAUUCCUCCAGAUCUCCUUCUAUCCGUCAAAUCUAUCUUACGGAGUUCCAGUUCGGACUAUUUACUAAGUACAAAGCUCGUGGAGGUAAAAAGUCGACUCUAUGGCGGACCGCUAUUCGUUUUCUUUGACCACCUUCUCCCCCAGUGGGAAGCUGGUUCAGAUUGAAUAUGCCUUGAACGCUGUCAACCAGGGUGUAACUGCCCUUGGAAUCAAAGCUACCAACGGAAUUGUUCUUGCCACCGAAAAGAAGUCUUCCUCGCCCCUCAUUGACCCCCCCUCGCUCUCCAAGAUCUCGUCGAUUACUCCCGACAUCGGUAUGGUCUACGCCGGAAUGGGCCCAGACUACCGUGUUCUGGUUGAUAAGGCACGUAAAGUUUCUCACACCGGCUACAAGCGCAUCUACAACGAAUACCCGCCAACCCGGAUACUGGUGCAAGAUGUUGCACGUGUCGUGCAAGAAGCAACACAGUCAGGUGGUGUCCGGCCAUAUGGUGUUAGUUUGUUGAUUGCGGGCUGGGAUGAAGGUGUCGAGCCUGAGACAGGAGAAGCCCAGCGGGGUGAUGAUGAGGAGCUGAAGAAAGCAACUGGAAAGACGGGUGGUAUUCUUAAGGGUGGCCCCAGCUUGUACCAGGUCGACCCUAGUGGUAGCUACUACCCCUGGAAGGCCACGGCUAUUGGAAAGCACGCAACAAGCGCAAAGACUUUCCUUGAGAAGCGUUACACCGAAGGACUGGAGCUUGAAGAUGCCAUCCACAUUGCUCUCCUGACCCUGAAGGAGACUAUUGAGGGAGAGAUGAACGGCGACACAAUAGAAAUCGGAAUUGUUGGCCCACCCACCGACUCUCUGCUGGGCUACGAGGGUGUUGAAGGAGCCAGAGGACCUCGGUUUAGGACGCUGACCAAGGGGCAGAUUGAGGAUUAUCUUACCAGUCUAUGAUUGAUUCACGCCGGUAUGCAUAUUGGACUUUGUCGAGCCUUGUAAUUUAAUAGACAUUUAUCGAGUCUUGCGAGGUUCUCAUGAAGUAAAUGAUAUUUUCUCUCGCAGUUGGAGGGACUACACUGGUUUGAUGUCUUGAGGAAUAUCCUAGAAUUAUUUCUGGCUCUGAUUAUCGACCUCUUGUGCCUGCUAGCACUUGAUGCUACUGAAGCAACACGGUCGUCUUGACGAGUUCAGGUUUAUAACACAGCUCAUGAAAUGAAUGCAUUCUUCCAUUACGCCAAAUAUGCUGGAUAAUUCUGAUGUCACUGUAAACAAUUCCUACCAUCAGGCAAUAUCGUCUGCCUCUCCAUGUGGCAAACGC